UCAUAACACAUUUGCUGUGGUACACUUUAGUUUAAAUACUUACUUUGAAUGCAUUCUGCUAAGAAUACAUAGUUUUAAAUUAUAUGCAAGCAAACAUUGCUUUUUGCUAAUGUUUAAUAAUUAAUUUAUUAUUAAAAACGGAAUGUGCACAGAUUACAGGAAAUAAAACAAACUUUAAUCAGAGCAUUAAAAAUAAACCUAAGGUGGUUUACAAGAACGAGUCUUACCGCUGUGUUGACAUGGAGGUUUGCAGGAUGGCGUGAAUAAUUUAACUGAAAAAUAUUUUACGUAAAUAAAUUCUUAAACAACGCGCCAGUUAUAUUGGAGCUAUCAUUUCAAAUUAUUUUUAUAAACUUAAAUUUAUCAGUCAAAAUACAUUUUCAAGCUUCAGCAUUACAGGAAGCACGACAUCACGCAAACGUCACAAGGAUGAGCAUCACAUUGAAUCUAACCGUAUAUAGAUGAGUCGUGUCAUACGACUGUAUAUUGUUUAUAACGCAUGUAUAUUCCUAAAGUCAGAGCUUACAUUCGCAGAGAACGGUUGCAGAUCACUGAAAAGCUCAGAUUGGAGGAAACGUUUAACGUUACAGAGAUCUUCCCAAAGCAGUACCGAAGAUGGGAAGCAAUUCGCAUCACAACCAGGAAGACGUCCUCAAAUCUGCCGACUCUACUGCCUGGUUUCGCAGCUACUUGCACGGAGGGACUUCUAGCCUAAUUUCCACCUUGACCACAAUCAUUACAUUCCCUUUGUACAAGACUGUCUUCCGCCAGCAGUUGCACAGCACUUUAGUACGAGAAGCGGUGGCCCAGUUGUUCAAGGAGGGUCCAGUGAAACUGUUCCGUGGAGUGGCACCACCCCUGCUGAUGAGGUCUCUUAAUGGGACGCUUCUGUUCGGCCUCCAGGAUACCUUCCUACAGCAGCUUUCCCUCUGCUCUAUGCCUACUCUUCCCAGGAAUGCUCUCCCUGCUCUGGCAGGUUUAGGUGCGGGUGUGGUGGAGGCCUUGCUCUUCACCCCAUUUGAGCGUGUGCAGAACGUCUUGCAGAACAGCAGGAAUGACAGUCGUCUUCCUACCUUAAGGAGCAUAUUGCUCAAACUAGCUUCGAGGCCUUUAGCAUCAGGGUACUACACAGCCUUUCUGCCUAUACUCAUCCGCAAUGCCUUAGGGAGCAGCCUCUAUUUUGGCCUGAAGGGCCCCAUGUCUAACACCCUCAGGUCUUAUGGUUGUUCUCCGGUAGCAGCCUCUUUCACAGCUGGCGUCUUAAACUCAGUGGUGAUCAGUCUGCCGCUGUACCCUCUUUCUGUACUGGUGGCCAACAUGCAAGCCCGAGUAGAUGGAGGAGGCAGAGGAGUAAAAACCAGCUGGCAGCAGCUUUGGGCAGCGCGUCAGCACAGAUUGACUCUUCUGUACCGUGGAGGCUUCUUGGUCAUCUUACGCUCCUGCGUCACCUGGGGAAUCACUACUGCCAUAUACGACCAGCUGGAAAGGCACUCAAGAUGAUCAUUCAAACUCCCAGAAUAUCUCAGGUUAAUAGUAAAUGCUGCGAGGCCAUGUUUGCUGCAGGAUUCAUUGAUGUAUACUGUAUAUCGAAGACCCUGUGCAAUUAUCUAAUUAUUCUUUACUUGAAUAUACCUCAAAUGCUGUUUGUUCAGCAAGACCAUGUAAAACUGUUUUUGUUUUUAAUAAAUGAUAAUCAUAAAUAUGGAAGAUGUGUGGGAAAGGGGUGUUUUUCUUUUUUUAUGUAGCUCAAAAAUCUAUUUUUGAUCCGUUGUCGUAUCUAAUCCCGUAUGGGAUCCUGUAAGAGAAAUAAAAAAUACUGUAGUUUAUCCAUUAGGAAUUAAUUUUGCAAAGUUUCAGUCUAUCCAGUGGGCU